GAGUGCGAGGAAAAUGGGCUUCUCACUCUCACCUCGCACGCGUAUGCGGGCUUGUGUCAUUGAUGCCAGCCCCCUGCAAAUUAUAUAAAAAUAAAUAGAAUAUAUAUGCAGUACCUAUAUUGUUUGCACUAUGAAUAAAAAUAAUUCUUUCGGUUUCUCUUCUAUUCUAUUUUCCUUGUAAUAUACAAAUAUAUUAAGUGCAACGUUUUUAUACCAAACAUAAAAGUCAUUUCAUUUUCAACCGCUAUAUUCGUAGUCUUUAUUUUAGCGUAAAAUGAAAUAAUUUCGUGUUCGGUCCACAAAACAAGAGCGCAGUGCAGUGUUGCUGUUGCUGCGAUGGGAUAGGAAACUUUAAAGAGAAGAAGAAGAACAAGUUCGACAUCAAAAACAGGAAAAAUAGAAAAUUGAAAUUGCUCCUCGCGUUUUUGGGGACUCAAAUCCUUGGAAAUUAUGCAAAAGUACGAGAAGCUAGAGAAGAUUGGAGAGGGAACGUAUGGAACAGUUUUUAAAGGCAAAAAUCGAGAUACUUUAGAGAUAGUGGCACUCAAGCGUGUGAGGCUUGAUGAGGAUGAUGAAGGUGUCCCUAGUUCUGCUUUGCGGGAGAUUUGUCUGCUCAAAGAGCUUAAACAUAAAAAUAUUGUUAGAUUGUACGAUGUUUUGCAUUCCGAUAAGAAGCUAACUCUUGUCUUUGAGCACUGUGACCAGGAUCUCAAGAAAUAUUUCGACAGUCUUAAUGGGGAUAUCGAUCUUGAUGUGGUUAAAAGCUUCAUGUAUCAAUUGCUGCGUGGAUUAGCUUUUUGUCAUAGUCACAAUGUACUUCAUCGGGAUUUAAAACCACAGAAUCUACUCAUUAAUAAAAAUGGAGAGUUAAAGUUGGCAGACUUUGGUUUGGCGAGAGCUUUUGGCAUCCCCGUAAAGUGUUACUCAGCCGAAGUGGUUACACUCUGGUACAGACCUCCGGAUGUACUUUUUGGCUCUAAACUGUACACAACGAGCAUCGACAUGUGGUCAGCUGGAUGUAUUUUUGCGGAGCUAGCAAAUGCCGGACGUCCACUUUUUCCAGGUUCUGAUGUUGUAGAUCAACUUAAAAGGAUUUUUAAACUUCUUGGGACACCUACUGAAGAAACUUGGCCAGGUGUUACCCAACUUGCUGACUACAAACCCUUCCCACUCUACCAUCUUACUACAUCUUGGAGUCAGGUGGUGCCUCGACUGAACUCUAAAGGGCGUGACCUUCUACAGAAAUUACUAGUUUGCAGGCCAAAUAUGAGAAUUAGCGCUGAACAGGCCAUGGCACAUUCCUACUUCAGUUCAAAUUAAUUCCGGCUCUAGAAAAUAUUUAUUUAUAUACAUAUAAAACAACUACAGUAGACUCUCGCAAAUUCGGUUCUUUUAAGAUCGGGCUACUUUUUAAUUCGGGCAGAGGUUACAUUUGAAAAAAGUUUGUUGUCAUUUUUCAAGUUUGAUUAUGAUUAUCAAAUGAAUCAAAUAUGCUCAAAUUUAGCAUGGUUUGUCUUAGUUUUGAUGUGAUUUUGCAUUAUUGAGGGAUUUUCAUGCAAUUUACGAUAUAUAUCAGUGUGUAAACUCAAUAUCUAUAUGCACAUGUCGCCCGAAUUUCUGUCUAAUUCGGCUGACAUUUCGGUCCUAUAUGCCCGAAUUUGAGAGAGUCUACUGUAUGUUUAAUUGUAGGUUCUAUAAUCUAUAAUUCAAUUUAUUGGAAUAAUAACAAAAGAUUUGUGUAAUUGUACCAAAAUAUAAGUAAAUGCAUAUUUUUGGUCAAUAAUGAACAGUGUGGACAAUUUAAUUAA